UUUUACAUCAGAGGACUGCGGGGUAAAGAAAACCCGUAGCUGGGCUGAGUGGCAUUUGGGGAAGAAAAAAAUAUGAAGAGUGUGUUUGGAGACGCCUAAAGUUGCCUGUCAAGCUCAGGCCUCUGGGGCACGCGAUGCUCCGCGGGCCGCCUGAUCCAAGGCUGCCUGGGCCUCCAAGCCACCAGCCAGGAAAUGAUGCAAGUCUGGAUUGUCACCUGGAUCCCUGAAGCCCAGACAGGAAUCCGUCUGGAUUGGAGGAGGGGCGAGACGAGACGCCCCAGGUGUUGUUGGAUCCAUCAAAUCCAGGCAGAAAGAAAAUGGGAAGUGGGCAGUCAAUCGGGCCAAGCGCUUCAGGGCUUCAGCGCCUGUCUCCAAGUGCCUUUUUUUUUUUUUUUAAUAUCAAGCUUCACGACGCUUAGGAAUUCCUACCAGAGCUCAAUUUGCUCGCACCAUCUCUGUGCCCAGGUAUCUGUUCCAAUCUGUUCAGGCUUCGGGGCUGAGAAUGUCACUGUGUUCCAAAGAGGAAACUUUCCCAGCCGGAUGCGAACCCUGGGGACUCUAUCCUAGUGAAGACCGACUUCUCCCGCUCCACCCUUCCCCCCCCUUUUUUUUUUUAGUUUUUAGUUGCAAGUAGAGCUGGCAUCCGCUUUAAUUAUUCCCCCCUCAGUCCGUUCGGCCACUGCCCCUGAGCACCCGCACACGCGUCUCGGGCCGCGCUCACACACACUCACGCAAACGCGUGGCCGCCGCCAGGUCUGCAACUUUGUGGGGCGCUCCCGGCGGCGCUCCGCUUCCUCCCGUAGUAGUUGGCGCAGGCCCCGCCUCCCGCUGUGUUGUCAAACGGGCUGGGGUCUCCGAUUGGUCCAGCCUCCGGGACAACACCUGCUCGACUCCUUCAUUCAAGUGACACCAGAGCUUCCAGGGAUAUUUGAGGCACCAUCCCUGCUAUCGCCGGGCACUCGCGGCGCGGCUAACGGCCUGGUCACAUGCUCUCCGGAGAGCUACGGGAGGGUGCUGGGUAACCUCUAUCCCAGCCGCGGCGAGGAGGAGGGAAGGGGCCAGCGAGGAGGAAGAGUGGGAGGAGGGGGGAAGCGGCGGAGGAGGAAGAGGAGGAGGAGGGGCGCACAAAGAAUCCAGGUCUCCAGGCGGGAGGGUGAUACCCAGAACCAUGUGUGCGGAGCGGCUGGGCCAGUUUGUGACCCUGGCUUUGGUGUUUGCCACCUUGGACCCGGCGCGGGGGACGGACUCCACGAACCCUCCGGAAGGUCCCCAAGACAGGGGCUCGCAGCAGAAAGGCCGCCUGUCCCUGCAGAACACAGCGGAGAUCCAGCACUGUUUGGUCAACGCCGGGGACGUGGGGUGUGGUGUGUUUGAAUGUUUCGAGAACAACUCUUGUGAGAUCCAGGGCUUACAUGGGAUUUGCAUGACGUUUCUACACAACGCUGGAAAAUUCGAUGCCCAGGGCAAGUCAUUCAUCAAGGAUGCCCUAAGGUGCAAGGCCCAUGCCCUGCGGCAUAAGUUUGGCUGCAUCAGCAGGAAGUGUCCGGCAAUUAGGGAAAUGGUCUACCAGUUGCAGAAAGAAUGCUAUCUCAAGCACGACCUGUGCUCGGCAGCGCAGGAGAAUGUUGGCGUGAUUGUGGAGAUGAUUCAUUUCAAGGAUCUCCUGCUGCAUGAGCCCUAUGUGGACCUUGUGAACCUGCUGCUGACCUGUGGGGACGACGUGAAGGAGGCGGUCACCCGCACUGUCCAGGCUCAGUGUGAACAGAGUUGGGGAGGUCUCUGUUCCAUCCUGAGUCUCUGCACCUCUAACAUACAGAGACCUCCCACCGCAGCCCCUGAGCACCAGCCCCUGGCAGACAGGGCCCAGCUCUCCAGGCCUCACCACCGGGACACAGACCACCACCUGACAGCCAACAGAGGUGCCAAGGGUGAGCGAGGGAGCAAAAGCCACCCGAAUGCCCAUGCUCGAGGUGGAGUGGGUGGCCAGAGCGCCCAGGGACCCUCUGGGAGCAGUGAGUGGGAAGACGAACAGUCUGAAUAUUCCGACAUCCGGAGGUGAAGUGAAAAUCCGGCCAUGAAAGCUUUCCUCCAGGCCGUCCAUUUUCUUAUCUAUGGACAUUCCAAAACAUUUACAUUAAAGAGGGGGGAUGUCACACGCAGGAUGUGUGCAAAUUGUGGACUUCGUGCAGGUGUGUGAACAGGUGAGAUGAAGAUUCCAGGGCGGCAAGGUCUCGGGUGCCUGGUGGGUUGGCACCUUCAUAAGCUCUUUGGAGGGAGUGUUGCCUUGAGUUGCCUUGUUACUUUGUCUCUUGGGUCUGUGGAGCUAGAGGGUGGCUAAAGAAUGGGUCUGUUGAGGGGAGGUCAACCCAGGAGGGAAGGGGCCAAGGUGGGUGGUAGACCCUCCCCCACAGUUCCCGGUGCUGUCUGCAAGGAGCAGGCAGCUGGGUUCCGGGGUAGGGCUGAGUGGGAAAUGCAGCUGACAGGCGGAGAGAGCAGAGAGGAUGAAGGGGCUUAGCGCCACGCAAUACCAAACCGGAAGUUUAGUGUCGCGCAUGGGAUCUUGUGUUUCAGAGCUGCUGGAGGGAACUUGGAUGGUACAUUUUCUGUGUGUCGUUUCUGAGCCAUUGUUCUGUCUGGGGGACACUGAGGAGUGGCCUCUGUUUAUUUUGACCACUGUUUCAGAUCUCCAUUUUACUUUUUUUUUUAAUCAUUUGACAUCUACGUGUCUGUCAUCUAAAUAAAUGGCUUUCAAACCAAACGACUGGGUCACAAAAACCAGUUUAGAGGAGGAAGAAGACUAACCCCAGCCCAUCUCUGGAGGAUAAAUUUUUGUGAGUUUUUUGUUUUUUGUUUUUUGUUUUUUUUAAUAGCAGCACUGCCCACGUGGGCAUCUCGUCCCCCUCCCCGCCCCGGAACAGACGGAUACCUAUAGGGAGACACACAGACAAGGACUCCUUUCCACAGACAGCCUUCCCCUAGAGUUUUGCUCUCAGCUUGACCUCAGCCAAGGUCCAUGAACCUGUAUGUUGAAUCGGUGUAGCCAGGCUGGAGUUCAGCCGCUGUAUGCCACAAAGAGGGAGAAGAGAGGAAGGCAUCGAGAUGGCUAAGGAAACGUUGCCUGUGGGGAAUGUCACUCCCAGCAUGCUUGGGUGAAUAGCUUAUUCUCUAAGAGACAGGGCUUUCCAUGGCCAAAGUGGAAAUUUAGCAACAAGGAGAGAAGUGCAGAUGGACAAAAGAAAGGUCAAAGGGGAGAGAAGGGACUGCUCGGGUUCCACAUCGGGAUCUCCUUCCUCUUCAGCUGACUCAGUUAUUCCUCUGGCAGCCAGAGUUGCAGAAGUGGAGGGAAUCCUGGGCCAGGUCUCCGGAGCAAGGCUCAGCCAACUUUUUCUAUGAAGAGCCAAAUAGUAAUUAGGGAGUUUCAGUUCAGCAAGCUGCAUGGUUUCUGUUGCCGCUAGCCAGCUUUGCACAGCACAAAAGCCCCCUCCGCCUCAUAAAUGAAAAGGCUUGGCUCUGUUCCACUAAGGUUCUCUUCAGCGGGACCCAGCUGAACACACCUCAGACUGGACAUAGCAUGCUCCCUGUUCUAGGGAGCAGGGUGAAAAGCAUACAUUCAGCCUUACCCAACUCCCCUAGUUCUUCUUGGCAGGUCCCUGAGGCCAGAGUCAGCCACGUUUCUCUAAACACUUCCCCAAACUCAGCUGGUGUCUCUAUGUGAAGAAUCUCAAUCUCUCAUAGACUAUGCUUGGAAAAAAAAUGUUAUUUGGGGAAGGGUGGGCCGGUGACAUGCUAGGAAACCCCCAGAAAGGUGUGAGGAGGCAGAGAAGAGAGAGAGUGUAUUUAAUCAGUUCUGCCCAGAAGGAAGGAGGCCCAGCAUUGUCAGGCUUCACCACAGGAAACGAAUGUAGAUUGUAGCCCUCUCAUGCCACACGUCUGUGUGCCACCUUGACUCUUUCUGCUUACACCACUCACAGACAUUCUCCUCCGUUUCUGACUCAGCUGCUCACUUGUCCCAGAGUCUGGACUGGGUUCGUCAGUGUCUUGUGUUCACUUACUGAUGUUCUAUUUGUUGUUCGUACUGUAAAUAUUCAUUGUUCAUAUUUAUUAUCUCAGUGUCCCCCCCCCAGGCAUAAAAUCGCUUCCUCUGUUCAUUUAAACCCACUGACUGAUUUCUGUUGUGUAUUUUCCACACCUCUGUCAUCCCUCCCCCGCCACUCUGUCGCCCGAAAAAAGUAAAAAAAUAUAUAUCAUUUCAUGGU